UAGACUUUGAGGGAAGGUGAGCAGUACUUAGAUCUGGCUCUGCCCCACCCUAAUUCUGACAUCAGCAAGCGUCACAAAUAGCUGCUCCUUGGAAUCACCAGAAACAGGGUGAAGAGGAAAUUCACCAGGAGACCAUUCCAAAAUCUACCAAAAUCUAACCUGGGUUUUCAGCAUCACAGUAGAUUGUUGAAGAGGAACACGGCUGACAGACCCCUCUAACAAAAAGAAACAUAAAAUGAGGUGUUCUAUUUUACUAAAAAGUCAAGUUGGUAUGAGCUCAGUUAAAUACCCACUGUGACACGUACCUCACUUUUCUUAGACCCAGAGCAAUCACUGCUGCACUUGACAAGGCACUGGGCAGCACUGGACAUUUUUUUUCUGGCAGAGCAUUGCAUGUGGUUAUGAGAUGGGCAUACCACCUUUUUGUGUUUUGGGGCAUCCAGAAUCGAGGACUUUGGAAUGAAGACAUCAGUCUAUUUCACAUAUUACAUAAAAAUGCCAAAGCAAUUUUAUUUCUUUAAAAAAGUCGGUGGAUUGGAAAAUAAUGCAUUUUUGACAUUAUGGGACCUUCUAGAGUCCUGGACUUCUCAAUAUUACUGGAUGGCAAUCUUAUUUAUAAUUUUUCUGGGAAUUAUCUUUGAGAUCAUACUCAUAAAGAUUUGUACAGCCUUUCAGAAGAAGCCUGCACUUCCUUCAGAAAAGGAUAAUACAGAUGCCCACAAGAAAGAAGACAGUUGCCUUAAAAGCAUGAAAUUUGAUAACUGGUCAAUUCAUUCAUCUUCAGAAGAAAGAGUUGAUGACUUUUCAGAAAGAACAACUACUUCAUCACUUACAUCUGAAGGAAAUGAACGUAACUUUGGAGACAGAGUUUCACUGCCAGAUGAACCAACGCGGGCAAGUACCAGUGAAAGUAAAUAUCGCCUAAGUCACUUUAGUGAAAGUCAUGAGCCAUCUUCAGAUGGUACUAGCUCGUCUUUGUCACUGUUUCAUUCAGAAGUACAGGGAAAUUUUCCAAGGUGCAGAGGGUGUCCUGAAAACGAACAUGAAACAAUACAGUUUUCAUCUAAGAAAUUAUUUUCCAUAAUGAAAGACAACGAAAAUAAAAAUUUGAUGUUUUCUUCUGACUUUAACUUUUCAAGAAUUUCUAGAAUCAUUAUAGAAAGUGAAGAUAUAGAUGUGGCACCAUGCCCUCCUGCCCAUUUAUUACUUUCUAGAGACCAAGUCAGACUUCUGGAAGAAAAUGUGAGAAAUCAAAUUCCUUUAAAAUCCAAAGCUACUUUAGAGAGUAAAACUACCUAUCUGUACUCAAGGUCUCAAGAGCCCUUGAUUCAGAAUCAACAUUCUGUUAGAAGGGACAUUUCUGCCGAAGCACAAGAUUCUUUUCUGGGACAAAGUGCUCUUCCGAAUCAAGAUUUUUCUGAAGCCCAAUUUACUAGUCAAGCCCAACAACUUGUUAACAACCAGGUAUCAAUCAAUAGCCAGCCUGAUAUCAAGGCCAGAUACAUUGCUCUGCCUCAAGAUUUGAUGAGGAAACCACUUUCCAGCAGCACACAAGACUCCUUCCAGACCCAAGAUAGGGACAGGAGCCAACAUUUGGUCCAAGUCCCACAUUCUGUUGAGACUCAAGAUUCAAUCAAGGACCUAGAGUCUGAUACAAAACACUCAGAAGAGGCCCAAUAUUCUGUUUGGUUUGAAGAUUCAAACAAGAUUCAAUAUUCAAUCCCAGGGCAAGAUAAUAUUUUUAAUAAUGCCAGACAUCUAGUUUUAACUCUAAGCCCAAAUUCAGUUGCUAAUGUGAUGCCACAACUAAAGAGUGCAAAGACAAAGGGCCAGAAACAAAUUGCUAGCUCAGAAUUAAACCAGUAUCCUGCAUAUGGCUCAGUGCCUCUUUCACCUACCAUGACCAGGCAGAAAAACAGAAGAAAAACAUUACACAGUAAAAGUAAAUUUAGUCUCAAAGUUCUACCUCAAAAGUCAAAGAAAACACCAACUUCAUGGGUAUUUCAAAUCACAGUAUGUCACACUUCAGAAUAUAGCAAGUUAAGACACAGUUAUAAAACUAAGAAGAAAGAGUUACAUCAAAGAAAAGGUAUAUCAGGUUUAGCAUUGCGUCUUAUUUAUGCUUUCAAGCUUGUUCCUCCUUAUAUUAGGAAGUAUUCCAGGAAAAGACUAGCGAAAUUUAUGCCAGGUUUAACAGGAUGUAGGCAUUUUCUGCUGAAGCAAAAUAAGUCACUGUAUGCAGAGAAAGUCAACUAUGCAGGGCCUGUUGAGAAAAGAGGAACCUCAGGGAGUACUAAAAACGAAAAGCAUCAUGGCAGAGACAAUAAAGAACUAAAAAACAUUUCACCACAAAUUCCACCUCAGCUAGAAGAGUCUUUCAUGGUCAAUAUUUAUCAACAAAAAGCACCUUGUUCUUCAUUAAUAGAAACAAACUGGAAGAAUAAAGACUCUCUUAAAGACCCAAUUUUACAAGCAAAGGAAAUGGACAUUACAGAGUUUUGUGCCCCAAAUAGUGAAAAAACAUCUGACCUGCAUAUUGCAAAGCAUGAGACACCUUUAGAAGAAGCUAUAUCAGCACCUUUGCAGAAAUUUGAUUCCUCUCCCAAAAUGGAGUCAGACAGAAGAAUGAAAACAUGCGAGGACCUAAAAAGUACAGAGAAUUCACAUCUUCUACUUACAAGUGGAGAGAAGUUACCAACUAGUACGUCAGAAAUGCAAAGGUGCUUUCCAAAGGGAAAUACCCAUGAAAAAGAAGAUUUUCCUGAAAUUGUUCUGGGGUCUUCAGAUGUCAAUUUGCUCAUUUCACUAGGAACCAAAAAGCAUAAAAGCAGUGAACAGUCAGCAGGUGUAGAAAUUCAAGAGAGUCCAGAAGGUGUAAUUGAGAAGGAAAAGAAACCAUUAAUAGUUAAUGUUACAGAAGAUGGUGACCUAAGUGAAAGUGAGGAACUCGAAUGCAACACUAGAAGCAGCAUAAAAAAUAGGCAAGAUGAAAGAAUAUCUGAUGCAUUUCACGAUGCCACUCACACUGCCCUUUCUGAACCACCUCAUAUGGAAAUGCAGAGUGGAUUAAAAACCAAGACAGAUACAUCAAGAAUAGGGCUUAGUCAUUCAGCGGUAAAGCAAGAUGAAUUACCAGAUGACAAAAAAACAUGGAGUGCAGAAUACAUUGAGAAGAGAUGUAUAUUUAAAAAACCACAAGAACAUGACAGAGAGGAAGAACAACAGGCUCUGCAAGAAGCAGAUCCACAGCUAACACCAGGUUUCAGGUUCAGUCUACAACUAAAGCAGAAGCCCAAGUACGUCAAAUUUGAAAUAGGACAGAGCUGUUCAGAAAGUAGAACAACUCAAAAUGAAGAGCUAGAGGUACAACCACACACUCUUUCUACAGAAACGACUGUGGGCACUGGUCCAUGCCCCACAAUGGAUCCAUUUCAAGUUGAGAAGGUGAAGCAAAGCACAGACAGACCUACAGGCAGGGAAACUGCAGAUCCAGUGCAUCCUCUUACAGUGUCACAGAGCUUGCCAGUUUUAACUGAAACAACAGAACAUGGUGUCCCAUUGUGUGGAAGCCCCGGAAAGCCCCUGGAUGAUCAAAUUACAGAAGAAAAGGAAUACUUAAAAAGAGUUUUACCUGAAGUUGCCCUGGGGUCUCUCCAUAGGCGUAUGCUUCCUUUAUCAAGUGUACGCUUGAUAAAUGUACGCUGUCUCAACCAUGUAAUUACGAAAGUAAAGACGCCACCAAUACAUCGUAGAAGAAGAUUGAGAGAUGAUUUCAAAAUCAUGAUUAAACAAAUACUGCAAGAUGAAACUGUGGCAGAUAUGCUUCUGAAUGUUAUUGACCCUCACGUGUCUAUUUUGCCUUAUAUUAUAACACACAGCAGAUUAAAUGCAGAGAAUCACAGUCAUACCAAGCUAAAACAAGAGAUAGCAGAAGUUGAAAGAGAAGAAAAGUGUUCAGAUACCAUUACUAAAGGAAGUGACUCUGGAGACACACCAGAAGCAGCUAAAUUGCAAGAUGAAGUGAGUGGGGAAAAAGAAGCUUCACCAGAAGCAGUCCUUGAGGAUCGCUGGAACCUCAGAUUGGAUGCAUAUCCAGAGAAAGAGCUUAAAACAAAGAAAGAAAUGCAACAACCAAUCACAUUGGCAGAAAUCAUGAUGGAGUCUGUUUACUCGGCCAUAACAGAUCCAUUUCAUGCUGAGAAUAUGAAGAAAAGCCUGACCACACAAACAGAUUUAAGAUGCACUGCACAUUCUGAGAUGCCUCCUCCAGCAUCAGAAAAAUCACUGAUUGGAGACCCUUUAACAACAAGAGAAAGUGAUGUUCGAGAUUAUGGAAGUGAUACAAGGGAAAUGGUUUAUUCUUUUGCAGAAACAAAGGCAGAAUUACCCAAAGAUUUACCAGCAAUUUUCCCAGAGACUUUUAAUUGCCACAUGCCUGUUUUAUCUCAUUCUAAAGUGAAGAAAAAUAGAGUAAGAUUCUCACACCUAGAAAGUAGAGUGAAGUCCAAGUCUGUACACAUGAAAGCAUUGAAGCCAUCAAUUUCACAAAUAUGUAAUAUCACAGGUCAUAGAAAGAAACUGGAAUCUGACUUUAAGGCCAAGUUUGAAAAGAUCAACCAAGCUAAUGGGCUGGAUUAUGAAUUUCUAAACACCCUUUACUCUCCUGUGUACAGCAGGUUACAAGGAGAGACAAACAGCUUCUGCCAUGCUCAGGUAAAGCUCCAGGGACUAGCACAUGAGGGGAGACCACAGUAUGUUGAUUUCUUUGAUAAGAGUAGUGCAUUCUAUGACAGAGAAGGAAAAGUACAAGAUGGAGAGGAAGAGGAGCAAAAAACGUUGCUAGUAACUGCUCCGCAGCAUACCCAGUGCCUCUGGAUCAAUGGGUAUCAAGGGAAAGAGACCCACCUUGCCGAACCAGACCCAGCACUGGACCGUUUAACACAGGAACAAGAUAUACAGCACCGAACAUGCUUUACACAAAUUGCUUCGCAGACUGGCCUCCAGAUGGGUCCUCGAGAAGCUAAGGAACUCCAGAAGAUCAACAAACCAGAAGAUGACAUAACAGCCCCUACGGGUCUGGAGAUUCCAGCUCCCGAGGCAGGGAACUCAUCACUUGAUAAACUUUUGAACACUACAACAGAGUGUGGCUUACCAUCUGGUGGAAACCUUAAAAGGGAACUAGAUUCUUAUUUUGUGGGGAAAAAUUCAGAGUUACCAGAAAAUUUGCAAGUGACCUUCCCACGGUUUUCUGAUUCUGUUGACCCCUUUGUUUCUAAAUCUAAAAGAAAGAAAAACAUAUUAAAAUUAGCAAGGAAGCAAAAAACAGUGAGUCGUAGGUAUAGAACUAUGAGAGAACAAAAACCAUCAAUUUUGCAUAUGCUUAAUGGCAGGCAGAGCAAGGCACUGCAAUGCAAUUUAAAAACAAAGAUGAAGAAUCCACAGCAAAAUAAAAAUAUAGCAGAUGCAUUUUUGGAUAUCAUUCACUUCAAGGUGCCUACUUUGCCCAACAUCAAAAUGAGUAUUGGAUUAAAUGUGGAGACAGAUAUGCAAACGGUAACAAGACUUAGUCAUAUGCAGCUAGUGCAAGGGAAAUCGCCAAAUGGAAGAAAAAUAUGUUGCCCAGAUUCUAUCAAUAUGAGUAGUUUAUCUAACAGUGUGAAAGAUGGGGAGGAGAAGGCAGGGGAACAAGAUUUACCAGCUCCAGAGACUAGCCAAGGCCUCAUAUUCAAUAUAUAUCAGAAGAAGAAUCAUGACCUUGUCAAAUCACAUGAGGAACUGAAACAACCAGGAAGUAUAAAUAUUCAGGUACAACCACAAACACAUUUUGCACAGAUUAUUUUAAGCUCUGCUUCAUGCCCUACAUUGGAUCAGUUUCAACUUAGAAAGCUAGAGAGCUAUGCUAGGUUUUCACCUCCAAUGUCAGGAGAAGCAGAGAUUGAUGAACACAUAUUUUCUGCAAGAGAAUGUGGUGUUCCAUCUGAUGCAAACCAUCAAAAGGAACAAGCUGAUGGUAUUGAAAAGAAAGAGACAGUGACUUUAGAUUUCUGCCUGGCUUCUUUAUCUAUAUCCAAAAGCAAGAGAAACUUCAAACAGUAUUCAGACUUGAAAACCUUAAUGAAGCCCAAAUGUGGAAUUUUAAAAGCAAAGAAACCAUCAAUUUCAAACAUGUUCAAUAUCAAGGGUGGUGCUAGCCCAAAUCAUAGAAAAGAAUUGGGAUAUAACUUAACAACCAAAAUUAAAGAGGUGGAUGAAGGUGAAAAAAUGGCAGACGACAGGUACUCCCUCACGUCUAUUAUACCUGCUGUUAAUAGGUAUAGCAAGAGAGAAAGGGAAAAAAACAUGUUGUUAGGAGAAAAAAGACUCAGUUCUAAACAAGUAAAGCGAGAGAUAUCACCACAUGAAGGUAAUAUUACUCCAGGUGACACCAAAGAAACCAAUCUUCAAGAUGAAGAGGAAGAAGAAGGUGAACAGGAGAUGUUGUUAAAGAUAAUUCCACAGCACAGCCAGCAUUUCGUCUUCUGUUCAGGCCAGAGGAAGGAGCUUGACCUUCACAAAUGGGGAAACAAAGGACGUGGGAAAAUUCUGUUUGUUACAGAACAAGACGUCCCACGACAAAUGCAGCUUCCAGAUCCAACCCAGGCAGAGGAGCCAAAGAGAAGCCAGCAGACACUAAAUGGCACGGUGUGGUCAGCGAGUUCAACCCUUCCCUUUCUAAAGUCAAAGGAAUCACUAAUUGGUCGAGUUUUAAUUGAUACAAUGAAAUGCGAUGUCCCAAGUAAUGGGAGAUGUACGGGGGACCUGUACGAUCAUGGUAAAGAGGAAAAGACAGAGUUUAAAGAAGAUCUACAAGCAACUGUCCUGGGGUCUUUGGAUGCCUCCACACCUGAUCUGUUUGAAUCUAAGAGGCAGAGAAAGACACUUACAUGUAGAGCCUUAAAAAGUAAAAUGAGUCCCAGAUGUGUUAUUAUGAAGACAAGGAAGGCACCAAUUUCACAGAUAUUUAAUAUCCCUGGGAAUGGUUGUCUAAAAGCCCUACCUCCAAAAACCCUGAAAUCACAGAUUGUUGACUUUUUAAUUCAGAUAAAAUACUCUGGGGUACUGGAAGAUCUUACUGCAGAGAGAAAGGAAGGAGUAGCCCAAGAAUUACCAGCAGCAAUUCCAGAGGUUUUGGAUUUAUCCACACUUGCUUUACCUGUGUCGAAAAGAAAGAGAAACAACUCAAAACUUACAGACAAGAGAAAUAAAAUGAGUCCCAAAUGUGUAACUUUGAAGGCAAAGAAGACACCGAUUUCAAAGACGUUUAGCGUCACAAAAGGUGGUGCACCAAGCCGUGGUAGGCAAUUGGAAUGCAACUUCAAAACCAUGAGGAAACAAGGUCAGUCUGUGGCAGCUGUCAUCCUGAAUGCCUUUUCCUCUCCCAUGGCGGUUUCACUGGACAUGAAAGUGCAUAACAGAAGUAAAGUAGAGAUGGACAUGCCGUGGAAGAUGAGGUUCAGUCAUGAGCUGCAACACCAAGGGCAGUGGCCAGAUGGAGAAAGAGCCUCGUGUCCCUCUUCCAGGGGCGAGAAGGGCAGGGCCUCAAAUGUCAGGAAGGAAGUCAAAGACCUCGGUGGAGAAGCAGCGCCAUGGAAUUCCCAACACCUCACUAUCCAUGCUCCUAACAUGAAGGAACCUCGCUUUGUGAAAUCAGAUCUAAAAUGGAAGUAUUCAGCAAGGAAAAAAAUCCCAGAAUCGCUUACCAUAGCUCAGGAGCUGCAGCAACACACACUUUUCACACAAAGUGUAUUGCCUUCUGUGUCUUGCUCUAUUUUGAAUUCACUUCCAUUUGAGAAGCUACCAAAAAGAACAAAACCACAGAGUCCAAAGAUUUUAUCUCCAAUGACAGGGAUAUCACUUAGUGAACCUUUAAUUGUCAAAGCACCGACUGAUACCCUAUCUGAAAGAGGCCCUGCAAAGGAACUUGCUAGUUCUAUUCCAGAGGAAAAAAUAGGGUUACCAAAGGAUUUACGAGUGAGAACCCUGAAGUCUUUUGGUAUCUACAUGCCAGCGUCACCUAAAAUUAAAAGGUUGAGAAAUGCAGCACUAACCCCUAAGUCUAGAACUGGGAAAGCCCAGAUGGCAUCGAUUUUAAAGACAACUAAUAUCACUAGGUCUGGUGCCCCCAGCCAUGGAAAGGAACAGGUCUGCACCUUGGAUGACAUGGCCAAAGAAAUAUCUCAAAGUAUGUCAAAUAUAUUUAUGAAUACCUUUUUUUCACCUACACCUGUUUUACCUGCCAUCAAAACACACAAAAAACUGAAAGCAAAGAAAGACCCAUUAAGCAAAAAAGUCAAUAUUAUACAGUUAAAACAAGAGGAAGGGAAAAGAGUGUGUAAAUAUACCUCUAAUAAAUGGAGCAUCUCAAGCAGCACAUCAGAAUCAAGAUCGCAAAAUGAAAAAGAAAAAAAGGGCAAGGAAGUUUUAUUCGAAGCAGGUCUACAAUUCCUGAAUAGGACCGGAAGUAGAAAAGAUCAAAAUAUGCUUAUUACAGAGCGAGAAGCGUGGCAACAAGCACUAGUUUUGGAAAAUAUGUUGGAGUUUAUUUGUUCUCCUCUGAUAAUUCCAUUUCAAACUGAAGAGCUGAAAAAGAAUAUCCUACCACAAACAGACAUACUGCAUAGAAUAAGUGAAAAGAGUUCACGUCUAAAAAGAGGGAAAGCAAUGUUUGAUGGUCUUUUAAUUGAUGAGACAGUGUAUAGGACUACGUCUGAUCAGAGCCCCACAAGGAAGCUGGAUGUUCCCAGUGCAGCUUCCCUACAACUUGAAGGAGAAGAGGAAGACAUAAAAACUCAAAAAAUAACAAAAUACACAGUUGAUCAAAAUAUCCCACCUCCCAAGUCAGGGAUCUCAGUGCUUGGAGAUCCAUAUAAUGAAAGCUCUAGAAGGAAAGUGGGUGGUCGUAUUGCCAAGAAACAUAAAGAGUUGCCAAGAGAUUUACUAACAAUGUCCAUGAUGUCUGUUUUACCUGAAUCUAAAAGGCAGAAAAAGGCAUUAAAAUUUCCAGGAAGGAAAGAUCUUAUGGGUCCCAAAUGUAUAACAACGAAGGCAAAGAAGCCCCUUUUUUCACAGGUGCUUAAUAUCACUAAGGAUGGUCAUCUGUACUGUAGAAAGGAAGAGGAAGGCCAUUUAAAGUCUAUGAUAAAGGACAUGCAACAAAAUAGAGGUAUAGGUGAUGCGUUUUUAUCUCCCACACCUGUUUCAACUGAUAACAAAAUAGAUAUUGAAAUUGAUAGCACACCAAAAACAGGGACGGAUCGACCAAGAGUGAAAAUAUACAACCAUACCUAUCCAGAGCUAGAGAAAUCACCAAGUGAUGGGGAAGCAUGGGAGGCCAAUUUGGCUGAUACACAAAGCAGAUCCAGCAACACAGGUGAAAUGAAUGUGCCACAUAAAAAGGAAAAGGAAAACAUCCCAGAAAUGUUAGCAGAAUCAAUUCUGCACUAUAGUCAACACUUCCAUUUCAGUUCCCAUCAUAUGAAAAAUCUUGGCCCUUGCAAACCAAAAUCUAAACUGAAUAGUUCAGAAGGCAGAAGGACUUGGAAUUUGUCUUGUGCCAUGCAAAAUAUGAGGCAAGAAGAACACAUUAGAGAAACUAUUUUAGAGACUGUUUCUAGAAACGUGAUGAAUUUUAUUCGAGUACAAACAUUGAAGAAAAGUCUUCAUACUCAAGAGGGAAUACAAUAUAUGGUAGGUCUAAAGACCCCAUUUCCAAAAGCUAGAAAAUCAGAGACUGGUUCCAUACAAUGUGAUGGUCUCUGGGAUGGAAAUCCGAGGAGGAAAUGGGAUCGUCCUAUUUCUAAGAAAAAGACAUGGAAUCAAAGUGACUUAGUAAGAACUGUCUUAAAGCCUUUAGAUUUCUCCAGCCUUGAUUCGUCUGAACCCAAAAGCCAGAGUUACACAUUAGAGGUUGUAGACAAGAAAAAUACAACGAGUCCCAAGCAGGUAAUUCUGGAGGCAGAGAAACCAUCAAUUUUACAGGUGCUUAAUAGCACAAGGUGUCUUACAGGAAGCCAUAGAAAAAAACCCCACAAAGUUAAGUACAAGAUAAGAGAGAGGCGAUGGAAUGAAAGUGUGAGAGAGACAUUACUCCUCACCACUGAGGGAACUAAGAUUCCAACGCCCAAGUUAGUGAUUGAUCAACUCUCAUUCGAUACAGCAGCGAGGGACACUCUGUAUAAUGACAGAACACGUCACAAAAAUCUGGAUGGUCUUAUUACAGAGAAAAAGGCAGAGUUGGAGGAAAACUUAGCCACAACUCUCUUGGGGCCUUUAGAUUUAUUCACUCCUGUUUUAUCUGACUCUGAAAGCCAAAUAAACACAGUACAAGAGAAAAUCAUACUGAAUCCCAGAUGUUUAGCUCUGAAGAAAAAGGAGCCACUCAUUUCACAGAUACUUAAAAUCAAUAGGCAGUUUGCCACAAAGCAGAGGACAAAACUUAGAUCCAAUUUAAAAACCAAAAUGAAAGAGAUUUGGCAAGGUAAAAAUGUGGCUGUUAUAUUUACAAAUGCCAUUUACUUCGCAUUGGAUACCUCUGACGUUAAAAGGCAAAGCAGAUUCAAAACAGAGAUAGACAGAGUAUCAAGGUUUAGUCCUGUACAACCAACACACAUGGAGUCGCCAGUUGAAAGCCGAGUAAUUUUACAAUUAGUUAAUGCCACAGGUCAUGCUGCUUUAAGCAUUAAUAAGGAACAGGAACAGGAACAGCGGAUGGACAUAGAGAGAGAGAAAACUGUGUUAAAUGCAGACCUAAAAUCUACAGAUGCUUCUACGUCUAUUCCACCGCACAUAAAAAUGGAGCAGUCACCUAGUACCUGGGGUAACUAUGAAGAAUCUUCUGAAAAGAGAAAUGCCCUGAACAAAGCAAAAGUUACAGAGGAAGAAGAGUAUGAACAACAGGUUUUGUUUGGAACACCUCCACAAAAUACCCAGCCAUUUGAGUUUCUACAAAUGAGACAGCAAGAACCAUGUGUCUCAGGAACCAUCCAGAAUUCUGCUUAUGCUUACAAUCCUAAAUAUCCUAAAAUCAUAAAACAUAAAGCUAAUGCAAAAGCAGCAGGUGUGAAAAACACUACGCACACUGAACAGGUAAAAUUGAAGGCAAAGAAACCACUUGUUUCCCUGAUGUGUAACACAACAGGUUAUGGAACCCAAAGCAACGAAAAGGAAACGAGGUGUAACAUCAAGAAACAGAAGCCGGGGUUCCAGCAAGGUAAAGCUGAGGUAGAGUUAGUCCUGAAAACUAUUUGUGACUCUGGGUCUAUUCCACCUCAAAUUCAAGCGUUGAUGGAAGCAGAAAGGGAGAAAGGCAAGGCACAAAGGCUGAUACACAUUCCUCCAGAGCCAAAGCUGGAGAAAGCGCUAAACAGAAGACAAAUAGCAUUUUCACAGUCCAUUGCUAAGAGUGCUAAAUCAAGAAAUAUAUAUAAAACAAGCAAUGUGCAGAUAGGUAAAGGUAAAUCAGGUGUGAAACUGAUAAACCUGUUUACUUCCUUACCAUCUCUAUCACAUCCUAAUUUGAUUUCAAGAACAAAAGGAGGAAGAGAUAAGUCAGGAACACCAUGGAACUGCCUUCCACCACUAAACCUCCAGGCAUCAUCAAAUAUCAGGAAAACAUCAUUUGCAGAGUCAAUUAAUAGAGACAGUUUAAGCAACAUAAUAGAAUCAAAACAACGUUUGCCCCAGAAAAAGAAGGAAGAUGGAGACAAUAUAGUAUAUAUGAAAGAUAUAAGGGGCUGCAAAUGUGCCCCUUUUAAAAGAAAGAAAAAACUUUUUACACAUACACUGCAUGGAAACGAACCACAGUGGAACAAUAAAGAACAAGAGAAAAUGAUGCAGGAAGAUAAGAGUGAUCUAGUUGUAGUUCAGAAUAAGCCCUAUGUUUCCAUUCUGUCUUCACCUCACCUGGAAUGGGGUCCUGCAGUGAAAGAAGAGGCAUACAUGCGAGGAGUAUCAGGGUUCUGCCUUCCACCAUUGACCCUCCAGGAAUUGUCAGAUGCAGUGAUAAUAUGUGAGGAGCCAACUGAUGAUAUUUUAAGCAGCAUAGAAAGAUCAAAAUAUAUGUCACAGGAAAAUGAAGAUAAAGUGGAAAUGGCUUUGGAAGAGAAAAGGAAUCCCAAAAGAAUAGCUUUGGAGGCGAACCAGUCUCCAAUUGCACGGGAAUUACAGUUGAACAUCAAAAAAAAAGAGGAAAAGAUGCAGGAAGAUAAAGAUGAACGAGUUGGGAUUCAGAGAAAAUCUUGUGUUUCCAUCUCUUCUCUGCCUUACUGUGAAGUGGACACAAGAAGGAAAGGAGAAGCAAUCAUGCUAAGAAAAACAAGAUCCUCUUUUCUACAACCAAAACUCCAGGGUUCAUCAGAUACAGGAAACAUAGCACAUAAAAAGUCUGUUUAUGGUGAUAACUCAAACAAUGUAAAAAAAGCCAAAGAACAUAUAAUGCAGGAAGAAGAGGGGAGAGCAAAAAUGGCAAAAGUCCUACCUUUGGAGAAAAAGAAACCACCAAGUUCACAGGAAAUCCAGUUGGACAUCAAAGAACAAAAGAAAAAGAUACAAAGAAUUCAGGGUGAACCAAAUGUGAUUUUGACAUGUACUUCCAUACCUGCUACUUCUUUUAAAUUGGAUACAAGAAUAAAAGAGGCAGACUACAGAGCUGAAGUAAGAAGGUACUCUCUUCCAGAACCAUCACACCAGAAAUCAUCAGAUGUAGUGAAAAAAGAAAAUAAAGAGUUCAUCAAGGGUGAUAGCACAAGUGAUGUACAAGCAGCAAACGUAUAUAUGCCCCAGAAAGGAAAGGAUAGAGGAAAAAUAGUAAAUAUGAAAUAUAUAAUGUACUCCAAAGAGACAACUUCCAAGGCAAAGGUAUUACCACUUCCACAUGUACCCAAUACCCCUGGCAGGUGUAGCCCCCAAAUUAGAGAAGUACAGACAAACAGAAGAAAAGACUUGGGACAUGUACAGGAAAGAAGAAGUGAACUAGAUGAGGUUCUGACAGGACCUUGUCUACCUCAGUUUACAUUAAGCAAAGUUAUAGAAGGCAAGAAAGAGAAGCAAGGAGUAAUAAAACCCGGUAUUCCAUCCUCAUGGCACAGGGAAUCAUCAAAUGCAGAGAAAUUAAAAUACACACUGUCACCUGUGAAUGAUAUCUCAAGUGAUUUGAAAAGAACAAAAUACAUGACACAGAAAGAAGAGGAUAAAGCAAAUAUUUUUGUGAGAGACCUAAUGCAUCCCAAGUGCUUAGCUUUGAAGGCAAAGAAAUCACCCCUUUUCCAUAUACUCAAAGCAAAGAAACUGCAAGUGAACAUCAAAGAGCAAGUGAAAAGGGGGCAAGAAGGCAGAAGGGACACAGUCGUGCUUCUGAGCAAAAUUUGUCCUUUUGUCACUUCCUCAGUUCAUCUUAAAUUUGACACAACAACAGAAGAAGAAGGUGGUCCAGGAAUCAUAAGGAAUUAUGUGCCACCCCCUGAGCUCCAAGAUUCAUUGCCUUCAGUGCAGAUAGCACCUCCAAGGUCAACUGAUAGCCACAGAAAGAAAGGAAAACAACAUCCACCACCGAAAGAAAAGGACAGAGUACAAACAGCAGCCAUGAGCGGCUCAGUGUGCGCCAGUGGCACAGAUUUCAAGGCAAAGACAUCGGCCCCUCCUCAUGUGUUCAGUGUUGCUGAGCACGGUGCUCUAAGUAGGAGAAAGGAACCAUGGCCGAGCAUUGAGGAGAGCAUAGAACAGGGGCAGGGAAGAACAGAAGACCUUGACAUGGCUCCAACAAAAACUCCUCCUUCCUCGCCUUCUGUAUCUCACCGUAGAUGGGAUGCAGGAACCAAAGGAGACGAAGACUUGCCUGCAGUUGCAGGAUUCUCUCCUUCACCAUUUCAGCUCCCUGCGUCAUCAGCUGCAGGGAAAAUCAGAUAUGCAGAGUCCAGUCAAGGUAUUAGCUCAUGUAAUGUAAUAAUAAAAACUAAUGGACAUAUGCCAUAUAGAGAGACAAAGGUCAGAGUAAAAACAAAAGACAAGAAAGAUAGAAUAUACCCCAAAAUAAUAACUUUGGAAGCCCAUACAUCCCCACUUACACAUCUACUCAGUAGAAACAGACUACCUUUGAAUGUCAAAGAGCAAGGGAAGGAAGUGCAGGACAGCAAAGGUGAGCCAGAAAUUGUUCUGAGGGAAACUCGUGCCUCCUUACUUUCUCCAUCUUACCUGAAAUGGGACACUAGCAGGAAUGAAAAGGAAGACACAGAAAGAAUAACACAAUCCUGUUUUUCACCACUGAAGGUUUAUGAUCCAUUCAAUCCAAGCAAAAAAGCAGAUGCUAAGUCAUUUGAUGGUUAUUUGUUAAAAGACAAAGAUAGACUCAAAACAGGUAUUGAAGACAAAGUGCUCCCAAGUGAAAAAGCAGAUACUAGGUCAUGUGAUGGUUAUAUGUUAAAAGGGGAAGUUAGACUCAAAACAGAUACUCAAGACAAAGUGCUCCUGAUAUCUAUGCAUCAGAACACAAAGGAAUUACCACUUUCACAUGUACGUGAUACCAAAGAAUUGAAGUGGAAAAUUAAAGAGCAAAAGAGAAGGGUACAGAGAGAGGACAGUGAACUAGUCACAAAACGGAAAAACAUUUAUACUUCUUUACUGGCUCUACCAUAUCGUAAAUCUGAUACAACAGAAGGAGAGGGGUACAUGAUAAGAAUUACAAAAUUGCCUCUCCCACAAGCACAGUCCAAGGAAUCAUCAGAAUAUGCUGAAACCAAUGAGGGACAACUUUCAAAAGAUGUAAAAAAAUUAAAAGAACACAUGCUACAGAAAGAAGAGAAGGAGAGAGAGAAAUAUGUGGAUAUGAAUAGUAGAGUGGACCACAAUAAUAUGGAUUUGGAAGCAAAGGAAUCACCUAUUUUACUUACAUACAAUCUAAGUGACCUUCAGUGGAAAACUAAAGGGCAAGAAGGGAAGGUUCAGGAAGAUAAAUGGGAGCCGGGUGAUGUAACACUGACUGAGACUUGCACUUCUAAAUCUUCUCCUCUUCACCUUGACAAAAACACCAGCAUCAGAGAAGAGGGCAUGCCAAUGUUAUCAAGACCCUCUUUUCCCCCAGUAAACUUCCAGAAAUCAUCAGGUUCUGAGGAAGUGGUACAUGCAGAGCCAGUGGCUAGUGAUACUGUCAUCAGUCCCCCAAAAGAAAAACAUUUGCCCCAGAACAAGGAAGAGGAUGGAGUAGAAAGAGGAAACCUCGUGUCCCCCAAACAUCAUGAAAAGGAGAUGCAGAAAAGUAAAGAUGGACCAGAUAUGGUUCUGACCAAAUCUUCUACUUCAUCACCAUCUCUCCCUGCCCUCAAAUUGGAUAAAGAAGUACAAGUCAAUGAUGAAAUGCUAGCACUUAAAAGGUCUGUUUUGCCGAGAAUAUCGUAUGCAGGGGAAAUGGUACAUACAGAUUCAACUAGUGGUGAUACCAUGAAAGAUGUUCAAAACCUGACCAAAUCUUCUACUUCAUCACCAUCUCUCCCAGCCGUCAAAUUGGAUAAAGAAGUACAAGUCAAUAAUGAAAUGCUAGCACUUAAAAGGUCUGUUUUGCUGAGAAUAUCGUAUGCAGGGGAAAGAGUACAUACAGAUUCAAUCAGUGCUGAUACCAUGAAAGUUGGUCAAAACCUGAUGAAAUGUUCUACUUCAUCACCAUCUCUCCCUGCCCUCAAAAUAGAUAAAGAAAUACAAGUCGACAAUGAAAUGCUAGCACUUAAAAGGUCUGUUUUGCUGAGAAUAUCGUAUGCAGGGGAAAGAGUACAUACAGAUUCAAUCAGUGCUGAUACCAUGAAAGUUGGUCAAAACCUGACGAAAUGUUCUACUUCAUCACCAUCUCUCCCUGCCCUCAAAAUAGAUAAAGAAAUACAAGUCAACAAUGAAAUGCUAGCACUUAAAAGGUCUGUUUUGCCCAGAAUAUCAAAUGCAGGGCAAAUAGUACAUACAUAUUCAAUUAGUGGUGAUACCAUGAAAGAUGCUCAAAACGAGGAACAACCUAUGCCUGAGAAAGAAGAGAGGGAAAGAGAAAAAACGGUAGAUAGGAGAGGUGCGACGCACACCAAAGAUAUAACUUUGAAGUCCAAGAAGUCACCUUCUUCAUAUAUGCUCCACAGAACAGAAUUACAUCUGAACAUUGGAGGGAUAGAGCAAAAGAAACAGGAAAGUCAAGGUAAACCACCCAGUACGGUGGUAAGAAACAUUUAUGUUUCCAAACCUCCAACUAAGCUGAAAUUGGAUAAAGGUACACAAGUAGAUGAAGGAAGGCUUGGAAUUAAAAAACCCUCUCUACUUCCACGAAUGCUUUCAGCAUUAUCAGAUGCAAAGAAGAGACCAGAUACGAAGGGAAUUGGUAGUGAUGUAAUAAAAAGAAAACAACAUAUGUCAGAGAAAGAAAAAAAGUAUGAUGUGAAAAAAGUAGAUAUGAGGCUCAGGACACAUCACAAAGAGGCAACGAUUUCACCAAUACCACAUGUCCUUAGUACAAAGGAAUUUGUGCUGAAUGUUAUUAAAGAGCCAGGGGGAAAAGUGCACAAAGGUAAAGAUGAACCAUGUAUGGUUCUGACAAGAACUUUUCUUUCCAUCCCAUCAGCACCUCUUUAUCUAGAGUCAGGGAGCAAAACAGACAAAGACACACCAGGAAUCAUGGGAUCCUCUCGUCCACAGCAGAAUCUCCAGGAAUCAUCAGAUACCCAGAAAACAGCAAUUAGAGAGUCAGCUGCUGGUGAGAGUGAAAUUGUUAAAAAUACAGAACACUCGGUGCCAGAAGAGGCCGUGCAACAGUGGACCUCAAACUUCAUGAUCAGUGUACAGCGAAGGAAAGAACCUCCACAAGUCAAAUCUGAAGGAUAUUUGAGUCGGUUACUUUUAAAUUCACAGCAUGAGGACUUUUAUUUCACAGGAUUUGGUACCAUUACAAGUGGGAAAAGGCUGGAAUGUUUCUUUUCAGGGCCAGAAGCUCAGCGAGAAAAAUACAAACCAGAAACUUUUACUAUGGUUCUUUCCUUCCCCAUGAUGGAUCUAACUAAAAUCGAAAAUCUGAAGAAAGAAACAGAAAUAAUGAAUAACUUAAACCAUAAAAUAAGUCCUCAGGUUUUAGUUUCACUUCCAAGGAAACUAUCCAAGGACAUAUAUGCCACACUUGGCUCCCCUGUCAGUUCAGAAGGAUUUUCUGCUUCAGAGCAAGGUGCCUACCAACAAGAAACUUUAUCAAAAGCAUCUCCAGGAUCUGCAGAGUCAUGUAAAUUUGAUAGGCCAGAGGAAGACAGACGAAAUAAUGAAAAAAUAAGUGAAAUGUCCUCUCCCAAAGUGUUAGCACCACAGACAAAGGAAUCACUUGAGAAAAUGAAUAUCACAGAGUCAAAUGACCCCCAAAAUAUAGAAAAAGAAGUUGUCAUGAAAAAGCAAGUGUUGGUGCAGUCUGGGAGUGGACAGAAGACCAGGGUGGAUUCUAGCCUUUCUCUGAAGAUUCCACUUCAAAAUGUAAAGCAGAAGACACCACUGGAAAUAGAUAUGCACAAGCAAACUACAGUGUACCCCGGAAUACAAAUACUACCAGGAAUACACAUGGAUAUUACAGAGUUUGAUGCCCAAAGAGGGAACAGGGAGCAGACAUUGCUUGUUCCAGAACAAGAGGAACACAGUCUAGAAUCACCUCAGAAGUCUAUUUCCUCCUGCUGGACUUUUGCACUUCAAUCUGGAGAUCUGGAGGAAAAAAACAAAACUGACACAAGCUCUACUAGAAAUCUGGUGCAAAAAAGGUUACAAAUAAAAGAAGAGAUAUUACAAAUAGACACAAAUAUAGCUGUCCAUCUGGAAGAGGACAAAAUAGAAAUGCACAAACACACCGUUGUUAAUCUGGAGAAGGAGACAAUAAAAAUGGACAAAAGCAAUACAGUAAACCUGAACACUGCAUCUCUAAAGGCAGAGGAACCUCAAAUUAAGAGUCAGGUAAUCACUCAUAUGGCAAACAGCUGCCUAACCAAGCAAAAACAUAAAAAGGAACGAGAAGUGUCUGGUGCAAAACAAAACAUUCAGCUACAAAAAAUGUUUCAAAAACAUGUUCUGGAUUCAUUUUACGCCUAUAUUCCUCUUUCUCCCAAAUUUGGAGGCCAGAAAGGCAGAUUAACAAUAGCAGACUUGAAAAGAGAAUUGAGCCCCAAAUAUUUAAAUAUGAAAACCCCAAAGCAUCCAGUUCUACAGAUUCUAGGCAAUACAGGACAUGGUACUCCAAGCAAUCGAAAGAAAUUAGAGUAUAACUUUAACAAACCAAAGAAAAUAGCUUUGUGGAGAGAAGAUGCCUCAGGAAUAUUUGUCAGAAGUCUUUCUAUUUCCAUGAUGAGUCCAUCUCAGACUAAAGAAACAGUAAAAUCUGAGACAAACCUAGAAAGAGCAAAGAGAACCUGUCUUUCAAAAUUCCAGAAGAAAUCACCAAACGCUAGUGAAACUAUGAAGAGGGACAGCUCAAGCACUGUAAAAGAAGGAGACCAGAAUUUUACAAAGACAGUUCCACAGGAUUCCCAGCCCUUCACGGUGGAUGAACGACAAAUGCACAAACUUCCUAGUGUCAAAUCAGAAGCAAACCUUAGCAGUGAAAUAUAUAAAAAUUUAGCUCCACAGACAAAAGAAAGUGUUGUUCCACGCGAUGAUAUCUCAAGGAUCGUAAAAGAACCUGACUUGCUUAUGAUCAAGCAAGAGAAGGCACCAAAACCCAUUCAGACACCUACAGAGUGUCCAUUCAUGUCUAAAGAUCCAAAGGAAAAUGUGGAAACUCACAUGAGAAGUACCCUAAAUAUGAAUAGUUUUCCUCCAUGGGUAGAAGAACCACAAGAUGAGACUCAACUAUUUGAUACCAUGGAGUGUGCCUCGCCACCCAAGCAUAGGGAUCAGAGUGAACGUGUGCAGGACACAGCCAUACAAAAGGUCCAGCAACAAAAACCUUCUCCAGGAACUGUGCCUGUACCACCCCAAGUUAAAAGUAAUGAAAUAAAAAUAGUGGCAGAUAGUCCAAGUGCAGAAAGUUUACUUCCUCUUUAUGAAGCAAUUAAAAAUGUCAUUGAAUCCCAGGUAAAAAAUAUGAUUCGAGACAAAUUUUUUCCUAAUAUACUGGAAAAAGUAAAAAACAAUAAGACUGAUGAUUGGAAGUCACCACCUUUGGCAGGGGGUCCAGAUGCAACAUCCAUGACAAUACAUCACAAAUUGCAGCCAAAACCUAUUUUAGAAAAUUUUACUUGCAAAGAAAAAACCAAGCCCACUAAUCAUUUAGAGUCAAAAGCACCUGAAAUAAAACUGAAUUUGAUACCAGAGAUGGUAAAACAAUCCUUCCAAAAGUUCAACUUUUAUCAAAAACUGGCUAUUUCAAAGCAUAACAGUUGGAAGCUCUAUCCAAGACAUAAAAAAAUGUUCUUUUUGUCUCUGGAAGGGAUUGAUACUAUAGAAUUUAACCUAAAGCACAAAUACCAAAAAGACUCACCUCCUGUCAGCUGUAUGAAGUCACUGAUUGUUAAUGUUUCAAGGGGCAGUGAAAAGAUCAUUACAAAGUUAAAGAGUAUAAAUGAGCUAGAAAGUGGAACAUCUCCUUUGACUUCUGCUAGAGAGAUGACAUUGCCUCAUAUUCUCCAAAACUAUUCAGUAGGAGAAAAAAACAAACUUCUCAUACACUUUUCUAUGAAGACACUGGAGAUUCAAAUGAAAGCCUUUCCCAGAAUUGUAAGAGAAUCUUACACGAUGGCCAGGGCUCAGGAUGGAAGGAAACCUUUAUCUAAAUGUAUUCAUUCUGGUGUCAAAGUACCAAAACGAAAAAACAGAGUUUUGUUACUUUUUGAGGAAAAAUCUCUUCAUCAAAUAGAUCUUGAUUUACAAUACAAAUACCUUCAUUUUCUCCUGGGCUCUCCAGUCAAAAGUAUGUUCCCUAAGCCAAAUGCACUUCCCAAACAUAUUCUUAAAGUACAGACAGUUGCAAUACGUAAAAAAAUAGACAAUAGUGGAGAAAGUGGUGGUCUUUCCAUUGAUACAAGCCCGUUAGAAGAACAUAUCUCUUUCAAAAAGCAAAGUUUCCAUGAAAACUCAUCAUUAGUCAGAAAUUUCUUGGAGCCCACCCAGGUGUGUGCCUCUGACCCUGAUCAACACAACACAGUGCAGAAAGAUACCAUGGCUCUUUCAAAGUUAAAAUCUCAUGUGACUCCAGAAAAAGAUAAACAAUGUCAUGUAUGGUUUCAAGAAACAAAUACAUGUGAAUCUGUUGACUUAAAGACUCAGGAAAAGACUCAGGAUUUAGUUGAUUCCCAUUCAAUUCAGAAUUUUGAAGAUUUUACUGAUAGUCAGACAAAUAUUGAGAGUUCAGAUAACUUGGAGGAAUGUUCAGCUCUUGAUGUACACGAGAGUGAAGAAUGUAUGUUUUCAGAUGCCAACCCUUAUUUAAGUUGGAAAUCACAGAAUAUUCUGUUUGAAUUACAGAAAGGCAUGCCUGUGGAAAAUCUCUACAAGAAGAAAAAAAUCAAAACUGAUUUGAAACCACUUUACAGUGAAGAUUCAGGUUCCCAUCAUAUUAGAGGCUAUCAAAAACAUUCCUCAAUUGUGACACCACCUUCUUAUGAAUCCCACAAAAGCAGGAAACAUAGGUCAUCCUCCAAAAUGACACCACCUUCUUAUGAAUCUCACAAAAGCAGGAAACAUAGGUCAUCUUCCAAAAUGCGACCUCCUGACCCGUGGUGUCACAGUUCCUUAAAUACUGUAGAGGUUUUGUCUGUAUCAUCUUCCGUUCUGUUCAGUGAAGAGAAGCUUUCGCAGACUACAGGGAGCGGAAAACGUUAUUCUUUAGUCCCCUUAAUGGAAUCAGACAUUAAAUUACAUCUUGCAAAAAGCCAAGGCAAACCUCACAGGCAUUCAGAAAGCAAAGAACGGAAGAAGGCCAAAUUGGAUAUAUCUAGAAAGAACAACACUCCUUGGGAAUGUGAUGACAGUUAUACACAGAGUAAAGAGAAACACACAAGAAAGGAGAAAGUACGGGAUUAUGAGUCAGAAAGAUCAGAUUAUUUCCCAAGCAAACAUAAGUCAGCAUCAAAACCUCCUCAAGAGGAUAUCAGCUUCCAUUCUGAAGGAAAACAAAACCAGCCAUUUUUUUAUGCCUGUAUACCAUCAGACUCGCUCUAGAUUAUACCCCAAACCGUUCGCUGGACUAUUCCCCCCAACACUUUAAGGAAGAAGAACUUCAGAAUUCCCCUGGUGGCCAAGAUUUCAAGUUCUUGCAACAUAUGGAGUUCAUCCAAAAAGCUGCUGGGGUCGCUGUUAGGGUCCUUCAGCCUCGCUCGUCAAAAAUGAUGUUACCAUAUCAAGAUUCAUCUCGAGGGGAAAGCUGGUCACUCUUGUGAUAUUCUUUGAAAAAUACAAUCAUAUAAAGUCAAAUGGUUUCCUCAUGAAGUGUUUUCUAAACUGAUACCUUUUAUUUCUACAGUAGAUUUGCACAGUUCUGGGAGGGAUGGAUGGGAAAGCAGAUGAUUUCCGGUUUGGUCCAGCCAUGCGUGAAAUCUCCCCUCAGUUUAUGCUACCUCCUUAUAAUCCCCAGAGGAGAAGCCCACAGAUGCCCAAGCCCCCUUCCCACCCUUCCCACGCCCCCCCCCCCAUGACUGAAGGGUGAGUCGGAGGAAUUGUAGCCCAUACAUGAGAUUGGGAGCACCCUGAAAGGUAGGAGGACAUAGAUACUGAAGGGAGACAGUUUCAAGUAGCAGCGAGGGUUCAACAAUGUCAGAUGUCACAAGAUACAGGGAUAAGUACUGGUUUUGAGAACCCAGUUUCCUCUGACGGCUUUGUCCUUGUCCCCAACCACAAGUGGAACCCACAGCAGCUCUGUGACCCGUACCUGCUCACCACCUGCCAUGGCUAGGGCAUCAAGGCACUUGGGGACCUCGGCACAGAGCACCUGCCACUGCAUCCUCUGGGAGGGGCAGGGAGCCACCCCACAGCACUGCCAGGUGAAGGGAGACACCUCUCAGUGCACCUGAACUACCUGCCCUCCUCUUACCACCUGCCCUGGGCUGCCAGGGCCCUGGUGGGGGAUGGAGCAGGUCCACCUGUAGACAGAGGUGAUUGUGAGAUGCAGUGUGAUCUGGAGCACUACCAGCAGUGCACCCUCACCUUUGCCCUCAGGGCUGGUGACCCCGCCCCCUGCCCCCAGGCUCUUGCAGGAGGCCCAGGAAAGCUGAGUUGACCCAGGGGCUGCCAGGAGAAGAACCCAGAUGUGUGAGAUUGGGGGUGGGGUGGUGGUGGAAUUUUUAGCGCCAAGUGAAUUUUUUUGAAUGUAUUUUGUACUGGCUUAUUUCUUGUAUGUAAAUAAAA